AUGACAAGACUAACCCAAGAGGAAUAUCAGAGAAUUAAAGAUAUUAAGAUAUUAGACCUGGAAAUCUGUGAUUAUCAGCACAUUAAUAUCUUAAACCUUGGCUGGGAAGUGUGGGGGAAAUGGUAUUGCCUGAAACAUGAGAGGGAGCAUGUUUUAUGUCCUAAAUUAUGUUUGCCGAGAAUAGAGGAGCCAGUAAAGCCUAAUCGUCCUUAUGAUUGGGCGAAUUGUUAUUUGUGCGGGAAAGAAUUAGAGGGAGCAAUAGUUAUAAGAUAUUGUGUUUGGAAUGUAUUGGAAAAGAGUUUUAUAAGAGAAUGGUGGGGUGGCAGAGGAAGAAGUGGAGGGAGUAUCGGAGGAGGGGCAGAUUCAUUUAUUUAA